AUGCCUAGGGUUCCCAAAUUACAAGAUGAGGAGGAUAAUGACUGGAUUGAGAAGGGAUCUGAGGAUACUGUUGGGUCUCUUUCUGCAAAUGAUAAUGAUGGACUUGAUUGUAGAAAAAGGGGUCCUAAGCAUGGUAUUAAUGUUUGUGCAGAUGAAUCUGGAAGAAUUCCUUUAACUGUGGGAGGCAUUAUGAAGUAUACUUUGGUUUAUCAUGUCCAUCUUCUAGUAAAUGGAACAAGAUUCAUUACUAUCUCGGCGUCACAUGCUGUAAGUGCCACUUUGAAGGCUUACUUGGGAGGACCUUAUCCUAUGUUUAGUUUGGUGCCGGUUGACACAAAAAAGUUCUUGUGGGAAAGAUUUCAGCAAAAAUACUCAUGGCCAAAAAUCAAAGAUAAUGAGCAUGUUGGUGCAAGUCCUCAUUCACUAGGCAGAGGCAAAUCCAUUGUUUUAGAUGCACCAAAAUCCUUAUUUGUGGUUGCUACAUUUUUUCCUUGCACCGAUAGAUUUUAA